AUGACUUAUUCCUUAUUCAAUGGUGUCCUGAAACAUGUCCAGUUUGAGAUCUGUCCCAGCAGUGCGCCAGCAGUGUCCCAGCAGUGUCCAGCAAGUGUGCCGCAGCAGUGUCCAGCAGUGUCCCAAGCAGUGUCCCAGCAGUGUCCAGCAGUGUCCCAGCAGUGUGCCAGCAGUGUCCAGCAGUGUGCCAGCAGUGUCCGCAGUGUGCAGCAGUGGUCCCAGCAGUUCCAGCAGUGUGCCAGCAGUGUGCCCAGCAGUGUCCCAGCAGUGUCCCAGGCAGUGUGCCAGCAGUGCUCCCAGCAGUGUCCCAGCAGUGUGCCCCAGCAGUGUGCCAGCAGUGGUCCCAGCAGUGUGCCCAGCAGUGUGCCAGCAAGUGUCCCAGCAGUGUGCCAGCAGUGUCCCAGCAGUGUCCCAGCAGUGUCCCAGCAGUGUCCCAGCAGUGUAGCCAGCAGUGUCCCAGCAGUGUGCCAGCAGUGUCCCAGCAGUGUCCCAGCAGUGUCCCAGCAGGUGCCAGCAGUUCCUCUCACUCCCUCUCAGACUGCAGACAGAUGUCCGCGUCCCGUGGCUGUGGAGCAUGGGGAGCUGGUGAACCAGACUGAGGCCAACCGAGGCUCCUCCCCCCCUGUGUGCCCCCCUCCCACGGAACCAGAGAACGGAGGGUACAGGUGCCACCCGUCCCCCUGCCACCGCCUCACCCAGAAGACCGUGAUAGAGUACUUCUGUGACGAGGGCUACGCUCUGAAGGGGGACUACAAGUUCCUCACCUGUCAGAAUGGGGAGUGGGACGUACCCAUGCAGAUCACCUGCCGCCUCAGCCCAGAUAAGGAGCCGCGGUCUCCGUUGGCGAUGCCAGCGCUGUCCAUCGUAGCGUCCACAGCCUCCUCUGUGGCCCUCCUGCUGCUGCUGGUGGUGCUGUUUGUUCUGCUGCAGCCCAAACUCAAGUCCUUCCACCACAGCAGGCGUGAGCAGGGUGUCUCAGGCCAGCCACCCUCUAUCGUGGUGGAAGGGGUCCAGGUGGCCCUCCCCUCCUAUGAGGAGGCCGUGUACGGCAGUGGCGGCGGCGCCUCUCUCCCCCCACCUCCAGAGUCCCGGGUUCAGAUCGUCCUGUCUGAGGGCCCCCGGGGGGCCGAGGGCGGAGCAGAGGGACUGAGUCCCAGCAGUAGGUCCCAGUCCCACCAUCACAGAGACAGAGAGAGAGAUACAGAGCUGUGCCUCCCCUCCUCCUCUUCCUCCUUCCCUUCAUCCUGCCGUCACGCAGAGACAGUACUAGUCCACCAGGCCCCCUCCGCCUCCUCUUCGUCAUCGUGGGUUACGGCACACGGAGGGAGUGCCCUUGCCAGACGUAGAGACUCAGAGAGCAGUGACCAGCACAGCCUGCUUUCUGUCACCUCCGUAGACGACUUCUCUGAUGAUAUCCCCCUGUUAAAGGAAACCUGAAGCCCCUGCAGCAGCAUCACUCCGCCCCUACAGCUGAGCAGGAAACUAAGGCUUCUGCUGUGGCCUACUGGGGCUUUCUAGCUGAACGAUACCACCCUACCUUAUGUCUCUGAACCACAGAACUACAGAAUUACCCCGUGCAGCAAAGACCGGAAUCAUGUCAAAGAAACUCAACCUCCCUCCCCCUCUACAUCUGCAACUUCUCACACGGCGCAAAGACGAGCAGAGUCCACUUCACCCCCAAUUAUUACCACCCAUGCACAGAACAAACCAUGUCCACCACCAGUAUCCUCUACCCAUGUCCUGGCUACCCCUUCUGCAAUGAUCUCCAAACUACCCGUGUGGAGAAAAGACAAGACUACCCUCUUUCUCUCUUACUGGGAACUGACGAGCCCUUAAUACCUCCUGUCCCCCUCAGUUUUAGAAUGGACCUCAACACAGACAGACAGACAGACUUCCUUCUAGGCCUAACUUCCUGACCCCAAUCAUCCACACUUCCAAACGCUUUAUCUCAAACCACAAGGCUAGUAGCUAACAUAAUAAUGCUUUUAUCGCUGCUGAUGAUGAUGAUGAAGAUGACUGUGGAUACAAACUUGUGCAUCUCCCUACUCUAAUGGGGAUAAGGAGCAUCUCUCUUCAGUGAGGACUAUCUUGGUUUGGGCCUUGGCCUGGUCCGCUGGCGUAUGCUGCACGUUCUCUCUAGUGAUGGAUCGAUGACGUCCUGCAGGGGCCCACGCGGUAGCCCUGUCUGUCCGCUCUGUAUGAAGCCCCUCUUCCUUUCUCCGCUGCCACUCUCUGGCAUCUUCUUGGGUCAGUCAGCGCCACUUUCGUCUGAGGGGACUAGGAGUGACGCCACCUGUCAGAAGACAAUGCACGAUGGAUGGAUGGAUGGAGGGAGCACGUCACCAGACCAAGCACCUGCAGAGCUACACACAGACAAUCACUCUAUCAUGAUAAAAUCCGAUUAAUGACACGCUUGCCUUUUCGUCACAACAACCGACAUCUGUGUUGUGUUGAGCCCAUCUGCUCCCCGGUUGAUGUGACUAUCUGCUGGGUUUUGUUUGGGAGGCAUCAGUAUAUUUUUGCCACCUGGCUGUGGAACUGAACAACACACCGACUGUUUCAUGAAUGAAGAGGGCUGCACUAUAUUGUUAAAUGAACUAAGGCCUUGUUGUUUUUUUACAUGAUGAAAACAUGUUUGUUUGGUGACUGGACAUUAGGUCACAUUUCUUUUUCCAAUCUAUUUAUAUUGUGUGGCUGUAAGGCUGGGUUCACUAGAGGUGUUUGUCACUUGGUCCGGAUGCGCUAAAUGUGCAUAUGCAUGUGUGAGAGUGUUGUGUUUGUGUGUGUCUAUCUUUGCCUCUGUGUACGUCAGUUAGGCGAGAGAGAAAGGACAUGUCCAUAGAAUGGGUACACCAGAAAUAUUACCCAGGAUUUCCUGCCCUUAGUAGAAAUGGCUUCACACAGCUACCCCAGUUCAAGAUGGCUUCCCUCUUUUCCUGCUUUUUACAACGAUCAGAAGAACAAACAGUCAUUACUGUAAGAAUACAGUACAUCAUGUAUAUUUAAAUGUUCAAGGACUAAAAUGUCCUCCAUUUUUCUGCAGAGUUGCUUCAGAAUAACCUUGUGGAUCUGCGACUUUUAAAAAGCUUAAACUGAAAAACCUUGCUCAAAACCGGAGCAUUGACACAACUGCAACUGGUUGCAGGAAACGACAGUUAUCUUUUGUUGUAAAUGUUCAGUUCAAAUUUAAGUGAGCGGUUUUAAUUUACCUUUGAUGAUAAAAACCACUCGUAUAUGUUGAGUUGAGGUCAUCAUCCUAGCUCAUUAGGUUGAGGAGACACGGUCUGAGUCUAGUCUGGCUUUUUGAAAACAUUUUUUUUCACUUAAAAAAAAAAUGUUUUGUUUAUUUGUCGGUCUUUCCACCUGUCAUUGGUUUCAUAAACGCAAACAGAGAACGUUGCCUUAGACCUGGGACAUUUUAUUACUUUGCUUUGGUUUCUACUUGUAUCGUAAGUUUCCAUCUUUACCUGCUAUGAUAUUGAAGCGUCUUCUGUGUUUCCCAAUGGCCUUACUUUUGUAUUUUCUAGUCAUACAACUGUCUUGUGUAUUUUUCUAUGUGUUUUAUUUUUGUUUUUGGACUUGACUAAAGAAAGUCCAUCCUUCUCUUCUCUCCGUUCACACCAAGGCGUCUUCAGCAACCGUGAUUUUUCAAAAGCCUAAAGCACAUGAAACAAAUCACCUUUCUUUCUUUCUUUUAAUGUCUAUCAUACGUUGUAAAUGUUGCGUGUUCAGGGACUAUUUCUUUGCGUCCAGACCACCGUUGUACAGUGGUGGUUCCUCCAUCUCUUGAUUCUGCAUUUCAAUGCUUUCAUGUUUUCAUUUUUUUCCUCUGUACAUUGCAGUGGGUUGUGAAGAUCGUAUUUUAAUAUUUGUAUAAAGUUUAAUUUAAUUCUA